ACCUUCUUCACCGAGCCCUUUGUCAGAAUAUUGCUACCUGAUCCGUUUCUGAAUCUUAGUGCUGACUCGUGGAAAGUACUAGCCUCAUGACUUUCUAAGCUCCCAGAUCUAUGUUUGAUUUCGGGAUCCGUCCACUCACGUCACUCAAUAUAUGAUGACUACGGACUGGAGGACCGUGACGACGCAGGUUGUCAAUGGCGCAUUGCUCGAGCUACUAGGAAAUACCACAGCAAAGUCGCAUUCCGAUUGCGAGCGGGGGAACACGCGAUUUGUGCAGCCUUCAUUUGUUGACGUGUCUCUUCCGAUCUUGGCUUCUGACGGCUAUGUAUCCAUUUCAGGGGACUUCUCUGAGCUUUGCACGAUGAACUCGCGUUCUCGCACUUAGAAAAGCGCUGCCACAACCGUCUUCUUCCGCUUCUGGAGUACCUUCGUAGCACUCCGCCUGCUCUUGCUUAUUUUUAUCUGACGUAGCACCGACGGCAAUAAUAACGUCCAUCAAUUAUCCCUACCGAAACGGCAUAUUCGAAAAGUAUUCCUCAUUCUGCCGAAAUUACGUUGUUCCUUGAGCUCUAUAUAAGCCUGCUAUGAGUCGUUACCGUCCAGACUAUCAUUACCAGCAUCUCUUUCCUUUCCUCAAUUUUUCUCUAGCCCACUAAGUAGACAUGCCUACCCUUGAACUCACUACCAAUGUUAAACUGGACGACCCCAAGGCCUUCAUCGAGGAGUUCUCGAAGUUCUCUGCGGAAGUCCUUGGGACACCUUUGGCUUUUACAGCCACAUCCUACACAUACAACGAGUACCUCGCUUGGGAGGGAACGUUCGAACCUGCCUUCAUCUUACCUGUCGUCUCGCUUCGUAACAUCAACCCGGAAGCCAAUGAGGUGUACAGUAAGAAGCUCUUCGAGUUCCUUCAGCAGAAGCUAGGUGUCUCUCCGAAGAGAGGUUACAUUUCUUUCAUUGACCCGGGAAAUUCUAACUUGGGCUACAAUUUCACCACGUUCGGCACGAUUUUCGGUCAGAAGUGAGACUUGGGUUAGGAAAGCUCACCCGAAAUUUGUAUGCACUCUGAGAGUUUAUGAACCUUCAGUGUAGCCCCAUUGUUACCCCCGCAAACCACCCGAACCAGGUUAUAUGUAUCCAGAAAUAAGCCCAAUAAACCCGAACCAGUUCUUGCCUAUUUAUCGGCGUCAUUUGCCCCGCUUCUUGAGUCU